ACGACUAAACUGAGCGACCCGCCGCAGCCCGCUUCUUAUCGUAUUUCACACCUGGGAUACCGGCAGGUUCGUACCGUCAUUCAAUACACUUGUAUCGCUGAGGCCCGGCAGGAACACCGCGCCAUGGGAGCUGCCCGACGCCGAUAAUACAGGGCGAGAGCUACCUAUAUCUACCGAAGGACAAUGAAGCGCAUCGCGCCCAGCAUCCGGUCCGCGCACGGAUCACCUCGAUAGGCCUCCGAUGAUGAACGACACGACACCGACCACGCGGGUUACAAAGACGUUCCCACUCCAUGUACUUCGACCGAGUAGGAUCUUGAGUUUGAGAUCUAUUGUCUAUCAGCCGGCGGAACUGGAGCGCCCUAUGAGUAUACUUGUGGUGGGAAAGUCCGACGAGAGGAGGAACUUGUCAUACGAUAUGCGCAGUGUACGAUUAUUGUCGAGCUAUUUGGCGCGGCAAUUGCUAGUUCCUGCUAGAUCCGAGGUAGUAUGUGGCCAUUGGGACUCAGCGGCGUACCAUCGUGUUGUUAUGUCUUCUCAUCCAGGGGACACGACUGUGCAGCUUUUAUUAGGAUGCUCCCAGGGUUGUCGAGGCGUCCUGAACCUUAACACCAGCCAAACAAACCUAUCCCGCUCGAUUGCAUCUUUCCCACAGCUUGUUCUACUCCACUCGGAAUUGAAGGACGCCGACAACUCCCGUCGCUGUUCCGGGCCUCUGUGGUACGCUUACUCCCGUCCCAGAGAAGUCGAGCAUAUCGGUUGGAGUACGACAUUCAAGGUUCUCUUUCGUCGGGGAAAUCCAUCGGCAUGUUGCGAAAGCACAGUAGGUUUCUUUGGCAAACGUUCUACUGCCGUCGCGGUCUCGGGUCCGUCAGUAUCUGUCGUGGUAUAUGAAACGUUGCCUUCUCGACUCGGGACGUUCUCGCUUGCCCUGACGCCACCGUCACAUGGCUCCUACAGACUGUGAUGUCGUCAUAGUCAAGCUCUUCACUUCGCAUCCAUCAGGUAUGUAACGGACUUCUUCCGAUAACCGCUUGGCCCGCUGGGACUGGCAUACCUCCCACGGGCGCUGUGACUCCCCGGGAGUUGCUAUCUGAUCCGCAGUCUCUUCACGAAAUGUCUUCCGUGAGUUUGCCGUCCACAUCAUAUCUAUGCCGC